AUGGACACACCACGGACAGCUUACGCCGUGGAAGCACCGAAUCCAGCCUCUGAUUUAGCUGGAGAAAUCGCAGCUGCGUUGGCAGCCGCUUCAAUUGCAUUCAAACGAUUUGAUCCUAGAUAUUCUAAAUUGUUGCUCGAUAAUGCUUUAACAACUUUUGAGUACGCAGAUUCACAUAGAGGUUCCUAUACCAAUAAUCCUGAGACUAAACUUGCUGUUUGCCCAUUUUAUUGUAGUGUAAACGGAUAUGAGGAUGAGUUAUUAUGGGGAGCUGCAUGGUUGAGAAGAGCGACCGGUAAAGAUUCUUACAUUAAAUACUUAGUGGACAAUCGUCAAUCUUUUGGGUCAGAUUCCAAUUACUUCGAGUUUGGAUGGGAUAACAAAGUUGGGGGCGUCAAUGUUCUCGUUGCAAAGGAAGUAUUUGAAAAGAAUGUAGCUGGGAUUGCACCGUAUAAGGACACAGCGGAAAAAUUGAUGUGUUCGUUUUUUCUGGAAACUCCGGGUGCACAUAUGAGUUACUCUCCCGGUGGCCUUCUUUACAAACCCGGAAGCAGUCAGCUCCAAAACACCGUCGCAUUGUCUUUUCUCCUUCUCACUUACGCCAAUUACCUUUCUAAAUCCUCUCAACAACUCCACUGUGGUAGUCUCAAGAUCCAGCCGGAUUCUCUCCGUCGCUUGGCCAAACGACAGGUGGAUUACAUUUUGGGAGAUAAUCCGAUGAAAAUGUCAUACAUGAUUGGGUAUGGUAACCGAUAUCCACGACAAAUCCACCACCGCGGUGCAUCGACACCGUCUAUCACGACUCAUCCCACUGCCAUCAAAUGCUCGGAAGGAUGGAAUAUUUUCGCAUCCCCAAAUCCAGACCCCAACGUUUUAGUUGGUGCUGUGAUCGGGGGACCAAACAUAGAUGACAAAUUCAUUGGAGGUCGGACAAAUGCAAGUGAGACGGAACCAACGACUUACAUCAAUGCACCUUUUGUUGGUCUCUUGGCUUAUUUUAAGGCCAACCCAAUUUGA